AUGCAGGCAUGCGAGCGGCUUCCAGCGGCGACCCGGCACUAUCUUACAGAUAUAUAUCUCACCAAGGUCAAUGGGAUUGUACCACUCCUUGAUCCGGAGGCAUUUCUUCAGGCACAAGUAGAGGGCUCCGCUAGCGUGUUCCUGGAAAGAGCAAUAUGCCUCGUGGCAGCCAAACACCGUGCUGCUGGUCCUCAUUUACGCCUGACGGCGGACGGUCCCAUCAUGGCGCCGCGUCAAUUCUGCUCCGAAAUCUACAAAGGACUCAUCGCUGCCAUGGAUGCUGAAAUUGAGCCAGAUCGCUUGACACGCAUCCGCGUGCUUGCAUUGAUGUCUUUGCACUGCGAGGGAUACGAAGGCGCGGAAGCGGCGUCCAUGCACCUAUGUCAGGCUAUUCACCAGUCCCAAACCAUUGGUCUGCAUCUUGACCGGCCAGGUCGCACAUCAACCGAUCCUCCCACUAAGCUUUUUUGGUGCCUGUGGACGUUGGACAAGAUGCAUGCAUGUAUUGGGGGCCGGCCAGUUCUCUUAGCCGACCGGGACAUUGGGAUCGGGAAACCCAAUUUCAACGACCGUCAGUCGCGGGGAGCAUUUGCAGUGUGGCUUGCCAUCUCCGACCUGCUAGCAACAGUUAUCUCGUUCUAUCGACCCUCGGCUGACACCACCACCAGUGGAUGGGAGGAAGGGUUCCCGGCCUUCGAGGAUAUUGUGGGAGAGAACACUCAAGAAGACCUGGACUUUGCUACUCUUGGCUUCUUGGAACUUUACUAUCAUGCCGUCGCCAUUCUGUCAUGCCGGCAAAAGGUCGCCGAACACCUUGAUAGCUCCAAGCUCUCAUCCGUUCGGCAGGGACUUGCGGCCGUCCGGAUCCACUCCAUUGUCGCAUCUGAAUGCGCCGAUGAAUUGCCCCCUCUUCCCCUGGUGCCGUAUGCGAUCACUUUAUCAAUGGGUGUCUCCUACCGUCAGUUGCGCUCGAGUAAGUUGAUCACGCACAUUGACCGAGCCAAGGGGAGCCUAGAGGCGUCGUGCUCCCUGUUGGAAACACUGAGCGUCUAUUGGUACUGGGCCGAAGCGAUGGCUCGGCUUGGGCGCAAAGCGGUGCAUCAGAUUGAUAGCCUCCAACCCUCUCACUCAGGCCAGUCACACGAGCCAUCACAUCAUCAUGUACCCUACCCCGGCCAUGCAGCUUCGGCAGAGUCAAGGGCCCCAGCUUUUUCUGGCCCCCUGAACAAUAAUAGUAGCUCCGAAGCUGCCGCCCCUGAGGAGCGCGAUGGCUUCUCGGUUGUGCCCCCUACCCCUGAUGUAGCAGAAUCCUUCGAAGCCGGACUCACCGAUCUGGAGGCGCCUCUGCAAGGGUUUACGGACAUUGAUACGCUCUUUGGCGAGUUUUUCGAUCUAUCCCUGCCGACGAACUUCUGGGAUCCCAUCUUCAUGGAGGAGGGAGCAGAGCCGGACCCGCAAUAA